CUAACUACGUCAUUGUGAAGGCAAGUGCAAACAGAGAAGCAUAUCAAGAGAAGAGGCGUUUAUUUAUAUUUACGGCCAGCUUCUGCUGUGCCCGUUUUUCUGCAAUUUAAUUAUUUUAUCAACAGUCAAGAAGGAUAGGAAGCACGCGGCAGACGCCUGUUGUGUUUUCCUUUUUAACUUUGAGCCAUGUGUGUCUAAUAGCGUCUCAGGGGUAUGAGCCCCUGUCCGUUUCGGACGGAAGAGUGACCAUCUUGAAGUGAAUAAUUUUGUGUAAUCAAGUGAAUUUGAACAUUUUAAGUAAACCUUUUAUCAAAUAAAUAUUCAAAAUGGAAUCAACUUUAACUUCGCCAGUUGUAAAAUCAUUUCUGGCCGGAUCGCUCAGCGGAACAUGUUCAACACUUCUGUUUCAACCACUCGACCUUGUGAAAACUAGAGUACAAUCAGCAGUAUGUAUAAAUGGGGCCCGGCCAGCUGGUAUGAUGUCCAUUGUGGCAACUGUGAUACAGCAAGAUCGUAUCGUCGGGUUGUGGAGGGGUAUUGUUCCCUCCAUUUCCCGCUGUGUGCCAGGUAUUGGCAUUUAUUUCUCGACAAUCCACUACCUCAAGGGGAGGUUUGAGCAUACUAAGAGCCCUCUAGAGUCAAUGGUCAUUGGUGGAUCAGCUAGGUCUGUCGCUGUGGUCACCAUGCUGCCAUUCACCGUCCUGAAGACCAGAUAUGAGGGCGGAGAAUUCAGAUGCAACAAUAUGCUGCGUGGUUUGACUUCAAUUUACCAUCUUGAAGGCAUGAAAGGUUUGUUCAGUGGUUUCUCGGCCACCCUGCUGCGGGAUGUGCCCUUUUCGGGCCUCUACUUCAUGUUCUACACCCAGCUGAAGCAGUUGUCUGAAACUGCGAAUGUACCGGACUCACGGCUGCCCAUGUUCCAUUUCUCCUGCGGGAUGAGCGCGGGAAUGAUGGCUUCGAUGAUAACUCAGCCGGCAGAUGUACUCAAAACUCACAUGCAGCUUUACCCAAAAAAGCAUGGGGGGCUUUUGAAUGUUGCCAGAUUUGUGUACGAGCGUGAUGGGAUGCCUGGUUUCUGGAGGGGUAUCAUUCCGCGGACCAUCAGACGAACUCUGAUGGCUGCCAUGGCAUGGACGGUGUAUGAAGAGGUUGCAAAAUCUAUGGGAUUGAAGUAACAAACAUUGUAACAAACACAAGACCAACUGCUGCAUUCGACUUCUAGUCAGCCAAAACCAUAUUUUGACAAUCUGUAAACAGCAGACAUUGCAAUCAAAAUAAACUGUUUCGAUUUGUAAACAUCCAGUACAAAUCUCGGAUCAGCGAUGAAUCACCAGGUAGAUGCACUUAAACCUGCAUGAUACACAUUUCUUCACCAUGUGAAAAAUAAAUAAAACAUACUGAAGUCUUCCUGAGCUUCUGCUAUGAAUUGCUUUAAAAUGAAUGUUGUGAUGUCAUGAACAUCUUAAUGGUCUGUGGGGCAUGUUCUACAGCAUGCCGAUGAAGGUGAUGUUUGUGCCUGUACAUUUGACGUUCAAGAUCAGGAGUGGUGUUUUGAAGCCCCAGUGGCUGAAGCCGACCUUGGCAUGUGUACAUGAGGUCAGGGACUUGAAACAUCACAAGAAGUACACGAGCAGUGAAAUUGUUUUAAAAUGUACUUGAAUGAAAAUGUUUAAAAUCUCAGUUCCCAUGUUAAAACAGGGGGAAACAAAUGAAGAAAACUUUUAAACGGCCAUUUAAAUUAAGAAUUUCUUGAACACACCUGAAUACUAUUUAUGAAACAAGUUUAAUUGACCAAGAAAUUAAUCUAUAUUUAUAUUGUAAAUUUAUCGACUUAUAUCAAUGAUAAGCAGCGCUCUACAAAUACAACAUCGCUUAAUAUCACACACACUUUCAAUGCCCUUAAUUUAUUUUUUUUGGCAAAUGUUGUACAGCCACUCAUAAAUAUAUAAGAUAUAUUAUGACGUUAUUUCAUGAUGGCGACGUCAUUUAUGAUAUAAAAUACAGGCCUGGAGAGUUCAUUCAGGCAAGCCGGCUUUUGCUAUCUUUGAUUUCUGUUUUAAUGAAAGAUGUGUGGUUAGGGCUUCUAUAAUUUAGGGAUUAUUUUUAUUUUUAAACAUGGAACUUUGAUUUUAAUUUUGUAAAUUUACAAGUACAAACAUGUUUUAUGUACUUGUUUCACUUUUAAUACUAACACCUUAAUUGUCUUACACCUUAAAUGUUUGAUGGUUUUCUUCAGAAUUGUCUUACUUUUUAAAUGUUAGAUGGUUUUGUUCAUAAAUCUUUUAACUAAAUGUAAAGAGUUUUGAGUGAUUAUCUAACUAUAUAACAUUGUAUGUCUUGUAGUAAAUUUGUGUUUAAUUACUUGAUAUCAUUUAUUUGGAUUUGGGAACAUGUAAUGUAAUACAGAAUGAUCAAGUAAAUGUGUCUAUAAAUCAUGGGAUUUCAUUUUGGAUCUAGGAGAGAUUUCUGUGACCCAAAUAAAGGCCAACUUGUACAACUAGUGUCAUUGUUUACUACUGGUUGCUAUGCCCAGAGCAGGAAUGUAUAGAGCUUUUAUAAUUCUGUUCAUUUUGGUUUAUCAGUUGAGUAGUGAACUUGUUGGUCAUCUUCAACUAGUGACAUUGUCCAAGGCCAGUUUAAGUCGAGGUCGCAAGAGAAUGAAAUGGGCACAUUUGCUUGAUAUUCUAUCAAACAGAUUUUCUGUAAAUUAAUCAUCGGAACAUGUCUGCAUAACAGUCUAAGAAUAAAAUGGUUGCAUAUUAUAAAAAAUACAAUAUUCAUAAACAACAGUAAGCUAUUUUAGCUUGUAGAAUUUACACACAAUCAUACAAGAACUCGUGAUUUUAUGAGCUAACCCCCGUUGGUCCUUAAAAUAUCGUUUCAUGCUGAAAUAUUCCUUGUAUGAGCUUUGGGAACUGGAAACUUCAUGAUUGUAAAGAUACGCAAGAUAAUAAACAGAACUCGAAAUAAA